AUGGAUGACCCAGAAAUUUCUCCUAAAUUGGACCCUGGAGAUUAUGAAGAUAGAUAUCCGAAGAGAAAUCGUAAAAGCAAGAUUGAAGAUUUAAGUUCACUAGAAGAUGCAGAACUACAAAAUUACAUAGCCGAGAAACCCACUAAAUUGCCUUAUGAUAUUGAUGAGAUACUUACUUCACCUGACUUUGAAUAUGAUGAUGUUGUUAAAAGUAUUCCUGUUGAAGGUUGUUGCUUUAUAUUUUUUAGAAAAAAUAGUUUUUGUGUUUUUAAAGACUUCACGAUGGAUUACAUUAAAUCGACUGGCCUUACUACACCACUUUUCUUUUAUGUUCCACCGCAAAAGCUGGGAAUGAAUAUGCCUGAUCCAAACAAUUUCACGGUGGAUGAUGUUUUAGAAAAUGUUGGCAAAGACAGAAAAAUAGAAGUUGUAGAAGUCUGCACGCAAAAUGGGCGUUUAAUGAACUUGAGUGAUUUUAUCGACUAUUACAAGACGCCUGUUCAGGAGCGUAAAGAAUUAUUUAAUGUGCUUUCACUUGAAUUUAGUUCAACACCUUUGGCAGAUCUAGUAAGUGCUCCUGCUUUUGUACCAAAAAUAGACUGGAUUGACAAUGUAUGGCCAAAGGAAUUAUUUAAACGUCAGGAGAAUCUUUUGAGUAAAAGUUCAUGGGCACGCGAACAGGAUUUUUCAACUUAUCCAAAAGUCCAAAGAUAUUGCUUAAUGAGUGUUGCUAAUUGUUUUACUGAUUACCACGUUGAUUUUGGUGGCACCUCUGUUUGGUAUCAUAUUUUAAAAGGAGAAAAGGUCUUCUGGCUGAUUGAACCAACUGAAGAAAAUUUAAAAUUGUAUGAGGAAUGGAUACUUGGUGGCAGUAACAAUUCCUGUUUUUUCGGCAAAAUUGUAAAUAAAUGUACACGACUAUUUCUUAAGCAAGGAGCUACGCUGAUAAUUCCUUCUGGUUGGAUUCAUUGCGUUUAUACACCAUGUGAUUCACUUGUAUUUGGUGGAAAUUUUCUUCAUUCAUUUUCCAUGCCAAUGCAAAUACGGGUUUCUCGUUCUGAAGAUAGGAUAAAGAUUGGAAGCAAAUACAGAUUUCCUCACUUCAAACAAAUUUUUUGGUGUUAUUUAGCCAAGGUGGUAAAAUUAGCGACUGGGCGAGUUUAUCAAAAAAUGCCGACUGUAGAAGCUUUUGUUGAUAAGGAAAUUGAUUUUGAGGGAACAUAUACAUUCAACCCUAUUCAACUUAAAUUUGGUGAUCAAGACCCUGAUCUAUUUAUACCUUCGGAACAUUAUGAUAUGGAAUACUUGCAUUCACUUUCACCUUUUGAAAUAAAUGGUCUUCAUUCACUUGUCAGAUUUAUGAAGCGCUUAUUAAAUUCAAAACAACCUGAAGUGAUUGAAGGAAUAACUCGACCAGCUCAUUUAAUUAUGGAACUCAAAGCUCUUUUAAACAAAAUCAAUUCAUUGGACCAAUUGAAUUUGCGCAAGGACAUUGAGCUAUUUCAGAAGAAGUCUAAAAUAUGUGGAUUUGCAGAGUGUACAAUUGACAAUAAAAAUCUAUUUCACGAACAAAUGGCUUUGGAUGUACAAGUACCUCGUAAAUCAAAAGCAGCUCGCCGAAACAUUUUGAAGUUGACAAAGAAAAAGCAAGAAUCAAAUCAACCUAUUUUAGUGGAUGGAUUACCUCUUCCUACAUUAGCGGCAGCCGAAGAAUCCUCCGGAAAUGGAUAUAAUCCUAUUGCUCAAGUGGUUAAACUUGGACAUAAACCAAUUGCUAGUGCUUGGCGACGUUCAUCCAAUAUGGUCAAAGCUUUGCCAUCAACCUCAGUUUCAAUUUUGAAAAGAAAAUCAUCUGAUUUUGAGCAACCAUCUACUACUGAAAGUGGUGAAACUUCUACUGCUGAUUCAAAUUUGCAAAUCAAGACAGAUCUCAAUGAACAACCAAUGUCUUCAGCUAUGGCUCAAUCCUCAAUGGAAUUUAAAAAUGCUUCAGAUGUAAAACCUGUUGUUCCUAAAAAAAACAAAGCUAAAUUCAAAAUUACUCGAAAAAUUAUUGAGAUGCAUGAUGAUUCACCUGAAUUUGUACAUCGUUCACCUCUUCAACGUUUUACUUCUGUUUGUCAACCAAAUAACAAAAAUUCUACGAACACUUUUGAGCAACCAGCAAGAGUCAAUAAUGCUAAUUGGAAUUCUAAUAAUGUCAAGCCUCCUACUGAACAAACUCAAAACCAACAACAAGUUUUUCAAAACCAACAAAGUUUCGCUCCGCGUAGAACUUUUAACAACCGUCAAAGAUUUGAAUCUGGAUCACGAUGGAAUGAUUCAUAUAAUAAUGAUGGACAUGAUCAAUAUAAUAACUUUGGUGUUCAUUCUUCCUUUCAAAAUUCUCCAUUUUAUCAUCAAGGAGGACGAGGUCAACAAAAUAGAUUUAGUAGGCCUUCAGAACAUCGAAGACAAACAUUUGAGCAACCAGCAAGAGCCAACUGGAACUCUAGUAAUAAUAGGAAAUAUGGUGACAAUUGGAACUCUAGUGAUAAUUGGAGAGCUGGUGAGUGGGUAGCUGGUGAGAGUUGGAAUUCUAACGAUAAUUGGAAAUCUGGUGACAAUUUUACCUCAAUGGAUCAAUCAUCUGCUGUUGAAAGAGUUGCGGAAAGAGCUACUACACCAGAGAAGAAUGAUUAUUUUGAGAAACGGAAUGAUAUACAAAUCGAGCCAAAGCAUCAGCAACAACCAGAAGAGUCACAGCCAAUAGAUACAGCAGUUAAUGAACUUCAUCAAAUUACUCAAAUAAUGAAUUUUCCAUGCGGUGCAUAUCCCUAUUCAUCUGUGGAUUGUGUUAAUAUUGCGCAUAUACCGCUUCCGCCUUCACCAAAAGCUGAGUUUUUCCAUACUCCAUUUACUGACAAUAAUAGUGUUUCAACUUCAACAAAUGUUUCAUCAGAUCCAUUUACAGAGGUUGAUCAACUUGCACAACUAGGGCAAAUGAUGCAUGAAUAUUGA